AUGAAAUUCGCGUAUCUAUGGUGGCAGUUUUUGAACCUAGCGUUGGUGAAAGCUAUAUCAUUGCAAUCUAACGUUACGUUGGGAAACGAUUCCUUCUGGGAGAAUUUUCAGGCUUACAGUGAUACAAAGCAUUUAAAUCAGGAGUGGACCACAAGUAAAGCCACCAACGAAGAAGGCACCAAAAUCUAUGGUGCACAAUGGCGACUAUCGCAGGGUCGAUUGCAAGGGUCCGCAUGGGAUAAAGCAGUCGCUGUUCGAACAAGCAAUGCUGCAGCUAUGAUCGGACAUCUCUUGAAGACUCCUAUUAAUGUUUCAGAAACGGAUACCUUGGUUGUCCAGUACGAGAUUAAGUUAGACAAUUCUUUAACGUGCGGCGGAGCGUUUAUCAAGUUAGUGUCUGGUUUCAUGAACGUUGGAGCGUUGGAAAAUUAUGUACCAGAUGGAAAGGGUGUGGAGUUGGUGUUUGGUCCAGACUAUUGUGCCCCAGAAACAAACAGCGUGCAAUUUGCCAUCAAUAAGGUUCACAAGAUUACACACAAACCCAAACUAAGGUAUUUGCAAGAAACGCCUUUAUCAAAAUUAACUGAUACGUCUCAAUCUCAUCUGUACACGCUAAUAAUAGAUGAAUCUACACAGUCUUUUCAAAUUCUGAUUGAUGGUAAGACUGUCAUGGCAAGAGAACAUAUCGAAGACAAGAAAAAUGUCAGCUUUGAACCACCUAUUACACCACCUUUAAUGAUCCCUGAUGUUUCAGUAGCGAAACCGCACGAUUGGGAUGAUCGCAUCCGAAUCGCAGAUCCUGAGGUGGUGAAACCCAGUGAUUGGGACGAAGAAGAGCCAUUAAUGAUUCCAGAUCCAAAAGACACUGAACCACUAGAAUGGGAUAGCUCCAUUUCCGAAUACAUUCUUGACCCAGAUGCUGAAAAGCCCUCCUGGUGGCAGGAACCUGAACACGGGGAAUGGAUACCGCUCAUGAUUAAAAAUCCACUUUGCACUGCAAAACAUGGUUGUGGCCAGUGGAUACCAAGGCUGAUAAAGAAUCCCAAGUAUAAAGGUUCAUGGGAACCCACUGAAGUCAUAAAUCCCAAUUACAUGGGAGAAUGGCAUUCCCCAGAAACGGAAAACCCACUGUACUACGAAGAGCGCCAACCACUGCGUAUCGAAAACGAGAUUAGUGGCGUGAUACUUGAAUUUUGGAGUGGAUCUCCCAACAUGUUGAUAAGCAAUAUUUAUGUUGGUAAAAACGUAACAGAGGCGCAAAUUAUUGGGAAUAAGACUUGGCUGAUGAGAGAUCGCGCAUUUAGGGGCCUUGAUGAUUCCACAGAACGCAAGUUCAUGAAUAACAGACUAGGAAAUUUACAAGCAACUUUCCAAGACGAAAAAGAAUCCCCCAAUCCCUUUGACCGCAUCAUAGAUUACGUACUGGAGCAACCUCCAAAAUCUCUACUUACUGCGGCGGCCGUGUUUUUGUCGACGCUGGUUCUUUGUUAUGUAGUGUCUACAUAG